AUGGUGUACACGUUGGUCAACGAGAAAGAUGAAUUCAAUGACAAGAUCAGAACUGCGGGUGACAAACUCGUGGUGGUCGACUUUUUCGCCACGUGGUGUGGUCCAUGCAAACAGGCUGAACCCAUAUUUAAGAGGAUCUCGGAGCAGUACAGCGACGUGAUUUUCCUCAAGGUCGAUGUGGACGAGAACGAAGAUGCUGCCACCGAGUACGAAAUCGCUUCCUUGCCGACAUUCAUUUUUUUCAAAAACGGUGCAGCGGUCGACACCUUGAUGGGAGCCCUGACUUCAGAUAAGCUCACCGAAGCCAUCGACAGGAACAAAUAG